UCUCUGUCUCUGUCUCUGUCUCUUCUCUCUCUCCCUGUCUCUCAAAAUAGAUAAAUAUAGAAGCACCAGUAAAUAUAGAAAACAGAAGUCGCAUUUCUCUUGUAUGGCUGGCAUAGAUAACCUUAUCAGAACUGGACAUCCUUUGGCUGACAGAUGUCCAGAGUUGCAUUGUAAUGAGAGUCUAGAGUGACACAUCCAGGGCCCAGAAAAGAACAUUUUUGGGACAAUGUGUGCAAUUACUUGGAAAGUGGUAUUGUUGACUUGUAGGCUGGUGAAAACAUAUCUCGUGCUGCGGCAGUGAAAUUCCUUUACUCAUUGUAUCGCUUUUUAUAUCCUUAUAUUUCCCCCCAAAGUGAUGGGGCAUUUUUUCGCAACGUUUUGUCAAGUUUUUCGUAUCUUCAUUAUUCCAAGUAUCUGAUUUUAAAAGUUGUCGAGUCUCGUUAUGGCCUGCAGAAGAGACAUAAACCCCGGUAAUGCAAAACGAAAGCACACUGGUUCUAGUAGGAAGCCAAGAUCAGAAGAACUCAAAGAUUUCACCAAGGAUAUGUCAUUAGUGCGUUCCUGUGAUUUUGGAUUUGGUACAACUAAUACUGGUGGGUCGACAGCGCCAAGUGGAGGCGGAUUCACUUUUGGGGCAACUAAUCCGGGGACGACGACGGCUCAAGGCUUUGCUUUUGGAACGGCGACAACCACGGGCACAUCGACAGGAACGACAGGUUUCUCGUUUGGAAACCCCAGCACGGCAGGGGCAGCAACAGGAACAACAGGAUUUAACUUCGGCUCUGCUACCAACCCCACCACAAGCGCUUCUCCUUUUGGUGCGACCUUUGGCACCGCUGCACCAGCCACCACAGCCACCACGCAAGGGUUUGGCUUUCUGACUAACUUUGGUGGUAGUGGAGGUGGUGGAGGAGGUGCAGGAGGCGGCAGUGGGUUUCCCAAGCCAGCAACCUCCUUUGGGCCAGGAGGCUUUGGGAGCCUUACUAAUACAGUGCCUGGAACGGGCUUCAGCUUCAGUGGCGGCUCCAACCAACCCGCCAAGGCGUAUAACUUUGGAGCCCCCACGACUUCCAAUGCCUCAGGCGGCUUUGGGCUCCUGGGCUCCAGCUUUGGGGGAUGUCUCAACGAGCUCAUGGCCCAGAUGUCGGUGAAGCCGUCUGGCUCGAAGGGUUGCCCUCGCUACGGCCUUGUGAACGACAAGGGAAAAGGACCUCUCGCAGUAUAUCUCUUGGCAGCAGGAAGCACUCAAUGCGGUUGUCAUGGUCCUGAAGGAGGACCUGCAGAUUGUAGACAGUAUGGCGGAAGAACUACAAAGAAAGUCUUAGGGCUGGGAGUUAGUUAGAUACUAUUUUUUUUUUCUCUUCCUUUUUGAGGGAAUAUUUUUUUUUCCAUUUGUGUGAUAUAUAAAUAUAUUACUAUGUGGCUUUUUAUUAUCAUAAAAACGUUGAAGCUUGUUAUAUGUCAAAAAUAUAUUUAAUUAAUAAUAACAUGCUCAAUUUCCCAGUGCAGUUCAGUCAAUCUCUAUCAUGAAUGCCAAUGUUUUGAAGAGGUUUUUAUUUUGUAUUUUUUAGAAAAAUAUUUCCAAGAGUAUGUAAACGAUUUCUCACAGCUGUACUAUUUUGAAAUAAGAAAGGGGAAUGGGAAAUGUUUAUUUAGUUGUCAUGGAUGAUUGUUUUUAUUUAUGUCAUACUAUGAUUUAACCAAAUAGAGAGAAGAGUUAAUAACUCCUGGUCUUUUUUAUGCAUUUGUUAUCAGAUGGAAAGGAGAAUGUGCCACAGUAUAGAAUUGUAAGAUGUUUUAUAAAAAAAAAAUUGUUAUCCAAAAUAAAAUGCUUGCAAAU